AUGGCGCCGCUGGGCCUGCCCGGUGCUGGCAGACGCGGGACGGGAGGCCGGGCUCCAGCACACCCAGCCGACAAAGAGCCGCCCGCCUUCCCAGCAGGGCUUCGCUCAGACACGGGCCCACACUGCCAUGAGGCAGAGGCAGCACCCGAUUACGAGGGUGCAAAGGUUGAAACAAGAGAAGAUGAGGAACAAAACAUCAAGUUGACUGAAAUUUUGGAACUGUUGGUGGCUGCUGGGUAUUUUCGAGCAAGAAUCAAAGGAUUAUCACCCUUUGACAAGGUGGUAGGCGGCAUGACGUGGUGUAUCACUACUUGCAGCUUUGAUAUCGAUGUUGAUUUAUUGUUUCAGGAAAACUCUACUAUUGGUCAAAAAAUUGCCUUAACUGAAAAAAUUGUGUCAGUAUUACCAAAAAUGAAGUGUCCUCAUCGUUUGGAACCACAUCAGAUCCAGGGACUGGAUUUCAUUCAUAUAUUUCCUGUUGUACAGUGGCUGGUGAAACGUGCAAUAGAAACAAGGGAAGAAAUGGGAGACUAUAUCCGUUCUUACUCUAUAUCACAGUUUCAAAAAACGCAUAGACUACCGGAGGAUGAUGAAUUUAUGCAGAGAAAAGAGAAGGCUAUCAAAACUGUUACUGAUAUCUUUGAGGUUUACAAACCCCAGAGAAAAUAUAAACGUCAGAAGGGAGCUGAAGAACUGCUAGAUGAGGAAUCAAAGGUUCAUGCUACGCUUCUGGAAUAUGGCAGGAGAUACGGAUUUAGCAGACAAGCAGGGAAAACGGAACAGGCUGAAGAUAAAAAAAUUGCUCUAGCUCCAGGGCUUGCAGUAGCAGGAAAAGCUGAGCCUUGUGAUGAAGAUGACCUUCAGGCUGCUGAAGAGCUUCGCAUUAAAACUCUGAUGACUGGAAUGGCUGCAAUGGCAACAGAAGAGGGCAAGUUGACAGCAAGCACAGUUGGCCAGAUUGUUGGACUCCAGUCAGAUGAGAUCAAGCAAAUAGUGUCAGAAUACGCUGAAAAGCAAUCUGAGCUUUCUGCUGAGGAGCGACCAGAAAGGCUUGGAGCUGCCCAACAGCAUAGAAGGAAAGUAGCAUCUCUGAAUAAGCAGAUUUUGCAAAAAAACAAACUCCUGGAAGAGUUGCAAGCUAAAUGUGCUGAUCUGCAGGCAAAAUGUACCGAAGCAAAAAAGUCAUUAACUGAGGUUAAGAGUUAUGGUGAAAAGCUGGACAAGGAAUUGGCAGCCCUAGAAACAAUAGAAUCCCAAGCAGAUUCUAGCAUAUUACAGAGUCUGCGAGCACUGGUGGCCAUGAAUGAAAACCUAAAAAGCCAGGAACAAGAGUUCAAAGCACAUUGUAGGGAAGAAAUGGAGAGACUUCAACAAAAUAUCGAGAAUUUGAAGGCUGAGGCAGUGGAAAAUGGGGAGGAACAGGAGCCGAAUAAGAUUAUAGAACAGCAGUACAAAACUGAGAAAGAUAAACUUCAAAAGAUCCGGCUGUUAUUGGCACGAAGAAACAGAGAAAUAGCCAUUUUACAACGCAAGAUUGAUGAAGUACCCAGCCGAGCUGAGCUAACACAGUAUCAGAAGAGAUUUAUUGAACUUUACAGUCAGGUCUCAGCAACUCACAAAGAAACGAAGCAGUUCUUUACUCUUUAUAAUACACUGGAUGAUAAGAAAGUAUAUUUGGAAAAGGAGGUUAACUUACUGAAUUCUAUUCAUGACAACUUUCAUCAAGCAAUGGCAUCUUCUGGUUCUCGUGAGCAGUUUCUACGGCAGAUGGAGCAGAUUGUAGAAGGCAUCAAACAGAAUCGGAUGAAGAUGGAAAAGAAGAAGCAAGAAAACAAAAUGCGAAGAGACCAGUUGAACGAUGAAUACUUAGAGCUUCUAGAGAAACAGAGGCUUUACUUUAAAACAGUGAAAGAAUUUAAAGAGAUUGAACUCCAGGGCAGACGGACGCUAUCUUUGCUUUCAGAUCCUGGUGUGAAAAUGGGAGGAAAGAGGCUGGAGAGGCUUUACGCGGCCACGGCUGCAGCAGCUCAGCCAGCUGGCAUCAGAGCCGCUAAGGCUCCGGUGCCUGGAGCGCGGGGCAGGCGCUGCCUCCUUGCCCGGCUCUUCAGGCAGUUCCGCUCCCACUGCACCAAGUUACUGGGCCUGGCACACGAGUCCGUGGGUGAAGGGCUGCGCUUGCUGCGCGGAGGGCCGGAUAUGGUAAUGCCUUCUUUUGGCUUUAAGCGGGAAGCAGCAUCCAGCGGAGGCUCAGGGUCGCCUCCUGAGGAAGCUAAAUUCAUCUGCGAGGAGGUGGAGAGCUACGUCGUAUGCUACAUCAGUAGCCCUGCUACCAGUUCUCCAGCUAGCUGGAGACAGCUGCAUCUUCAGCGUUGCAGUAACACCAGUGCCAGCGUACAGCUACGCCAAACUGUGCGGUAG